UUAGGCUAGAUGCGCCAUUUUACUGCGUCCACAGCAAGAUGGUCCCAUUGCUUUGUCUCCCCUGACCGGAGUUGUUUCGGUAUUCUGUGGCUUAUUCUCGCCCUCGUACCAUCGAAAAUCUGCUAUUUGGACUGAGCCGGGCCACCCGUACCGCAAACGAACCGUGUCUCUGUCUGUCGAGAAAUGACGACGGCGAAAAGCAGAGACUCGACACCUUAAUUCACCAGUAUGUUCAUCGGGAAACAAAUCUUCAAAUGUCUCUCCAGGUAAAAUGAGUCUGCCCUCUUCUGAAUCAAACCUAGAACAAAUGGCAGAAAAGGCAGAGGAGCCUGGUAGCUCAACUGAAACUAUGAAGCCCUCCUCUUCUCGCAACAGGAGGAAGUCCGCUGCUGUAGUUAAGCACACUGGCCUGAAUGAAUCCGACGCCUCCUCGAAGAGUGAAAAUGAAGGUGCCACGUCUGACAGUCCUUCAGACAACAACACAAGCAGCGUAUCUAAAGGCACUUUAGUGAUGAGGCCAGCUGGGAAUGAAAGUAAAGGCGCCAUGAAGCUCAGAGUGGAUUUCAAACAGAAACAUACGGAUGAUACUCUGCAGAAGAAGAUAAGCUGCACUGCCUGCGGAAAACAAGUAAACCAGUUUCAGCGCAACUCCGUAUAUGAACAUCCGGUGCUCAAAGUACUCAUUUGCAAGUCAUGCUACAAGUAUUACACAAGUGAUGACAUCAACAGAGACUCUGAUGGGAUGGAUGAGCAGUGCAGGUGGUGUGCUGAAGGUGGCAAGCUAAUCUGCUGUGACUACUGCAACAACGCCUUCUGCAAGAAGUGCAUCUUGCGCAACCUAGGCAGAAAGGAGCUGUCUGUCAUUACUGAUGAGAACUCAAAGUGGCAUUGCUAUGUCUGUAGGUCAGAGCCCCUCCAAGAUCUGGUCUCCAAAUGCCACAGGAUCAUGGAAAAACAAGAACUCAAGCUACGAAAAACAGAUAAAACAGAGGAACGUGAAAGCAGGAGACACAAGAACAAACCAGUCAAAGAGCACAAAGCAGUUGUCAAUGGAAAAGAACACAUUGAAGGCUCAGGGACCAUGACAUUCUCCUACAAAAAACUGCAGGUACCCAAAGAACUUAUAAAGAAAGCAAAAAAGCUUGUUGAAACCACAACGGGUCUGAACAAUACGUUCAUCCAGUUCAUCCAGCAGGCAGCAGAGGAGCAGGAAGAUAAGUCCAUCAGGUAUCGGCAUUUGAAAGCCUUCAAGGCUGUGCUUGCCGAUUUGAAAAAAGCCCACAGUGCUUUGGAAGCGGCUUUGGGGCCUGAGUUCAGAAACAUGGAGUUGCAGAAUGGUAACGAAGGGCAACAUAUUGUGAGAAAGAGCACUGAUGUUGUGGCCCCUGUAGAAAAUGACCACAUGGAUAAUGUAGGGGACGCAGUUGAUGAGGCUGAAGCAGUUGAUGAGGCUGAAGCAGUUGAUGAGGCCGAAGCAGUUGAUGAGGCCGAAGCAGUUGAUGAGGCCGAAGCAGCUGAUGAGGCCGAGGCAGCUGAUGAGGCCGAGGCAGCUGAUGAGGCCGAGGCAGCUGAUGAGGCCGAGGCAGCUGAUGAGGCCGAGGCUGUUGAUGAUGCUGACGCAGCAGAGGAGCUGGACGAGGAGCAGAAUAACGAGCAGGACAUGGACAAUGAUCAAGAUCAAGUGUCGAAUGAUACUGAAAUGAAAGACAACCAAACUGAGGUAACCAAAAAUACAAUUAAAACUGAAGUCUGUGAUGACGAGCUAGUGUCAGCUGGUGAAAUGUCCCUAGAUCACGAUAUUAUGUCUGUGCCUCCUUCGGUUCCCGAAGAGCUUUUUCAGAUGGUGGAGAGUCUUGCGGAUUCCACCAUGCUCUCACAGACUGACAAAGAUUUGGUCACAGACACUGAAAAAGACACUGAAAAUACAAAGUCAAAUGGAAACGCAACAGAGGCUCAACGCCCCCAGCCUAAGGUAAAGAACCUAAUAGUCAAACUGACUCCUGUGCCAGUUGUGACAACAUGUGGUUCAAGAUCCUCCAGGUCGAAAAACAGAGAAAAAGAAGAAGAAAAAGAGGAAGAGACACAGAAAAAGUCUAAAGAAGAAGAAUGUGAGCAGGAGAUAGAUGAUGCUACUGAUACAGUAGAUGGGACAAACAGCCCACCACCCAGUCGUCGCUCUAGUAGAGUAAAGACCACUCCCCUGAGAAAGCAGGCUGAGAAUAAGGACAAGGAAGAGUCCUCUGAUUCAGAGUCAGAGGAAGAUAGUAAGAGCAAGGCUAAAUCCUCCAAGAAAUCCAGUAACACUAAAAAAAAAGAUGGGAAGCAGAUGGGGGCAUCAGAGAAAAAGACAAUAGAUUCUGACUCGGAUGAAGUUCCUAACAUACUACUAGAGAAAGCUGCAGCAGGCCACAGCACAGAUGAGGAAGAGGAAAGCACAAGUGGUAAAAAGCGUGUAUUCAAACUGAACAACACAUCCACACAGGAUUCAGACAAAGCAUCCAAACGCAAAAGAAAGUCUGAAAGCUCUGAUUCAGACAUGGAGAAGAAAAGUAAAAAGACUCCCAAGAAGAAGAAGCAGAAUGGUUCAGACUCGUCCAACUCUGACUCUGACCAGGAGAAAGAGAAAAAGCAUAAAGUGAGCCCAGCAAAGAGGAGAUCUAGUCGUGUGAAGAAACAAGAUGGAGCAAAGGAGGAAGACUCAGCUGAGAGCAAGGCAGCCGGGCGUAAACGGUCUUAUGAAAAGAAGCGGAAGGGAAGAAGCUCCAAAUCGGCCUCUAAGCUACAUUCGUCCUCCAGUGAGAAUGAGGAGGAGCAGCUGGCUGAAGGUGACUCCGGGGACGACAGCGACGCACAAAAGAUGAAACCCAUUGUGGAAGAUAACGUUGUGGGAGGUGGUGGACCUUUCCAUCAGUCCUCAGGAGACGAAGUGGAUGAUAAAGAGAAAGAUUCUCGGGUUUGUGAAGAUGACGACGACGAUGAUCCUGAAAACAGGAUUGCAAAAAAAAUGCUUCUCGCCCAAAUAAAAUCCAACUAUUCUUCUGGAGCAGAGAGCUCCACUGAUAAUGAAGGAGCUGAUAAGGACGAAAAGUCAUCCAAGAAAGUUAAAAAAGAGGAUGAGGAUGAAGAAGAAGAAGAAGAAGAGCAGCAAGAAGAAGAUUCAGAAGACUCAAGUUCUGAUGUCGACGUGAAGAAGCGUAGCAGACGCCACAAAUUGCUUCGUCAUAAACUCUCGCUGAGUGAGGGCGAAUCAGGAGAUGAGAAAGCUGCCGAUAAAGACAAGAACAAAGGGGGCAAGAAGAAGACACGGCAGCAAGUAGGCAGCGAUGACUCUGAAGACUCAGACUUUGAGAAGUCAGAUUCCAGCGAAGAGUCGGGAAUAAGCGAGGAGAUCAGUGAAUCAGAGAAUGAAGGGAAGCGCCGAAAGACCAGAUCUGCUAAGAAGAAGGACGACGAGAAACAGAGAAGUUACAAGCAGAAGAAAAAGCGACGCAGGAUUAAAGUUCAGGAGUCCUCUUCCAGCAAUGAGAAGAGCGGAGAGGAAGGUGAUGACGACCUAGAUGAUGAGGAGCGCAAAGGACGCAAAAAGAUCCGCAAAAUCCUGAAGGACGACAAGCUGCGGACAGAGACGAGAGAUGCUCUGAAAGAAGAGGAGGAGAGGAGGAAACGUAUUGCUGAAAGAGAGGCACUCAGGGAGAAACUGCGAGAGGUUAUUGUGGUGAAGGAGUCUUCCCAGGUGACGUGCCCCAUCACCACUAAGCUGGUGCUGGAUGAGGAUGAAGAGACCAAGGAGCCGUUGGUGCAGGUGCACAGGAACCUUGUCACAAAGCUCAAACCUCAUCAGGUUGACGGAGUUCAGUUCAUGUGGGACUGCUGCUGUGAAUCUGUGAAAAAGAUUGAAAAGUCUUCUGGCUCCGGCUGCAUCCUCGCCCACUGUAUGGGCCUGGGAAAAACUCUGCAGGUGGUGACAUUCCUUCACACUUUGCUGCUUUGUGAGAAGCUUGAUUUCUCCACAGCAUUGGUAGUUUGUCCCCUGAACACGGUCCUUAAUUGGCUCAAUGAGUUUGAGAAGUGGCAAUAUGGAAUGAAGGAUGAUGAGAGUUUAGAGGUGACUGAGCUGGCAACAGUAAAGAGGCCACAGGAGCGAGCAUACGCCCUCCAGCGAUGGCAAGAGAUGGGGGGUGUUAUGAUCAUCGGUUACGAGAUGUACCGAAACCUAACGCAGGGCAGGAACAUCAAGAGCAAGAAGCUCAAAGAGACCUUUCAGAAGACACUGGUAGAUCCAGGUCCAGACAUGGUGAUUUGUGAUGAAGGUCACAUCCUUAAGAACGAGGCGUCUGCUGUGUCCAAAGCAAUGAAUUCUAUCAGGACGAGGAGGAGGGUUGUGCUGACUGGAACGCCUCUGCAAAACAACCUUGUUGAAUACCACUGCAUGGUGAACUUCAUCAAGGAGAACUUGCUUGGGUCAAUUAAGGAGUUCAGGAAUCGCUUCAUUAACCCCAUGCAGAACGGUCAGUGCGCCGACUCAACAUUACACGAUGUCCGGAUCAUGAAGAAGAGAGCUCACAUCCUCUAUGAGAUGUUGGCUGGCUGUGUCCAGAGGAAAGACUACACAGCGCUCACCAAGUUCCUGCCUCCCAAACAUGAGUAUGUGUUGUCAGUCAGAAUGACUCCGAUCCAGUGUAAGCUCUACAGAUACUACCUGGAGCACUUCACAGGUGUGGGGAAUGCGUUGGAGGGGGGCCGGGGCCGCGCAGGGACCAAACUCUUCCAGGAUUUCCAGAUGCUCAGCAGAAUCUGGACCCAUCCCUGGUGCCUUCAGCUGGACUACAUCAGUAAAGAAAACAGGGGUUUCUUUGACGAAGACAGUAUGGACGAGUUCAUCGCUUCAGAAACAGAAGAAUCCUCCAUGAGUAUGACAUCUGAGGACGAGAAGAUAAAAAAGAAAAAGAAGCAAGGGAAGGGGAAAAAAAAGGGAUCUGAUGACUCGGACAGUGAUGACGUGGAGGUCAUCAAGGAGUGGAACAGCAGCUCUCGGGGCAGGAACGGGGAGGGUCGAACCAGACCAGAGCCUGUAGAGGAACCGCCUCAGCCCGCUGGCUCAGCACCAGGAAGUCCCACUCCUGACUGGCACAAGGAGUUUGUCACUGAGGCCGACGCUGAGAUCCUGGAGCACUCUGCAAAGAUAUUUCUCCUCUUUGAGAUCCUGCGCAUGGCAGAGGAAGUAGAUGAUAAAGUGUUGGUGUUCAGUCAGUCCCUCAUCUCUCUAGACCUUAUUGAGGAUUUCCUGGAGCUGUCCUGCAGAGCUAAAGAUGAAGGCAAAAUCUCUCCAUACAAAGGUGAAGGCAAGUGGUUCAGGAAUAUUGACUACUAUCGUCUGGAUGGCUCCACCAACGCCACCACCAGGAAGAAGUGGGCUGAAGAGUUUAACGACACCAGUAACAUAAGAGGUCGUCUGUUCCUCAUUUCAACGCGAGCUGGCUCUCUUGGCAUCAACCUGGUGGCAGCCAACAGGGUCAUCAUCUUCGACGCUUCCUGGAAUCCCUCCUACGACGUCCAGAGUAUCUUCAGGGUCUACCGCUUUGGCCAGCUUAAAACUGUAUAUGUGUACAGGUUCCUAGCCCAGGGUACAAUGGAGGAGAAGAUUUACGACCGGCAGGUAACCAAACAGUCUCUGUCAUACCGGGUGGUGGAUCAGCAGCAGAUUGAGAGGCACUUUACGACAAACGAGCUGACGGAGCUUUACACCUUUGACCCAGACAUGCUUGAUGAUCCGUCAGAGAAGAAGAGCAAGAAAGCCACGCCCUUGCUUCCUAAGGAUCCCUUCCUGGCUGAGAUGCUGCAGAACAAUAAGGACCAGAUCGUGUGUUACCAUGAACACGACUCCCUGCUGGACCACAAGGAGGAGGAAGCCCUGAGUGAGGAGGAUCGCAAGGCAGCCUGGGCCGAGUAUGAAGCAGAGAAAAAGGGUUUGUCCAUGAGGACCAACUACCAGUCACCAUAUGCUCAGAUGGACAUGGGCUCCUCCAACUACUUCUCCUACAACGUGGCGGCUUUGGCCUCCAUGAACAACCAGCAGCUGGAGGACCUUAUAAACCAGGGACGACAGAAAGUCAUCGAAGCAACAAAUGCAUUGAAGUCUUUAUCACGGGAGUCACUGGAAGAUACUAUCGCCAGAGUGUGGAAGGAGAACCCUUCACUCACAGAGAGUCAGGUCCAGUCAAUGGCUUUGGGUCGACAGGCCAGUGUGGAGCUGGAGCUCAAGCGCAGGGAAGUCGUGUACAGGGACACACUCACCAGGCAGCAGACGCUGAUGAUGUUCGUGCAGAAGCUGAUCACCAACAGGAAGGUGCAGGAGCAGCAGCUGGCCAUGGCUAACCAGGCCAGCUACCUGAACCAGCUGGCCCUGCAGAACGGCAUGAUGGGAGGCAGCGGGCUUAGCCAGAUGGACCUGCUGGGGCUCUACCAGCAGCUCCACGGCCUGGGCUCCCAUCAAAACAUGGGCAAGAAUCCUGGGCCCUCCAAGGGCCUGUAGGUUAGAGGGACUCCUCCUCAACACCCCCCACUCAGCUAGUCGGCUCCCAGUGGCCCAGUUCAAGCGAGGCCCAGUUCUCUGUAACAAACGCACUGUGAGACCGCUCAGAGCUCAAAGCAAACUGGUGCACCAAUCAGAGGGUGGAGUGGUUUUGAGACUAGGCUGCUGUCCACUGGGGCCUCAAGUGGGAUAGACUCUCAGUGCUUUAUUCUGUAGUUCACUGAGAGAAGGUGGAAUAUAAUGUAUAAAUGACUGUGUGAAAGAAGUCCAUUAGGAAUUUCAACAGAAAAAAAAUGUAUAUACCGCCUUAAUGUUAUUCAAGUUCUAUAUCUUCAUUUUUCAUGUAUUUAAAGGCAAAAAAAGUUUUACCCCCAAUGCUUUAAAGCAUUGUAUUGUUCUCCCCUUAAGAGGGUUUCCUUAUUAUUUAAACUCAGUUUUUUAUACUGUUUUAAAUGCCUAACUAAUCCUGAGUGGGACCAGUGUUGUUGGUGACAGGACUCUAUGAUGUAAACCUCUACAUGAUUAUUAGCCCCAGUAGAUUCCUUCACCAAUAUCUAGCAAAGCAGACAGCGAAUGGUGCUGCAAAGUCCUGCUCUUUUUGGGAGAUAGAAAAUUGAUAAGUGAACAAAAACGAAAAAAAAAAGAAUAAUGGCGUCAUAUUCAUUUCCUAAGAAAGAAAGAAAAAAAAAAAGCUCUGUAAAGUUCUGAGAUUUGUUGAGAAUCUUUUCUAUUAUGCUUUUACGUGUUUACAUUAGUUGUCGCUGAACAUGGUAAUGGAAUGCUUGUGUUGUUCAAAACUGCCUGCCGGUUCCUAUGACCUUUUUGUAACAUCAUUCUCAUUGUCACGUGUUGUCUAGCAUAGCACUGUGCGUCCUGUUUCACUGUUUAUGUUCCACUUGUGUUGAUCCCAAGCUUGGGUGAGUGACUGGGUCUCACAAAGCACAACCAGUUCAGCCGGGCGUCACAGGGCCCAAAAACUAUUCCCUUUACUUGUCUGUCAAAGUUUGAAAUGUGUGUGUUUCACAGUUGUUUGGAUAGAGUAAAGACUGGAAAUCUUAUUAUGUCCUGGCUGAUCUGUGUCCUCUGCUUUGUGAGAGAUGCCUUCUGGACACUGUAGUCUCACCAGGCAGGCCCCCCCAGACUACCUGUAUUCUACUUUGGCACAUUUUUGCUUCUAAAUGCUUAAACUGGUGUAGCUGUUAAUCAUGAGGAAUAUGUACAUUUCUCAUCAAGAGACGACUGUUGUCUCUAGUUGGCUCCUGUGUUUGCACAAGGUGUAUUCCUGUAGAGAAACCUUUUGGCCUCUUCUAAGAAUGUUCUUAUGUUAGCAAAUACACCAACUUGAUUUGCCAUGAAUUUGAUCUGCUAUUAUCUUGAUAAGUAUUUAAUAUAACAUUUAAUAAAGUGACCAAAAGGA